CUCUGCGUAUGCUGGGCCAACGUUAGCAGAAGCUCCCCCUGCCAUAUUACUAUACUAGAAGACAUGGACGUAGUAUGCGUCCAAGAACCCUUCACCUGUGCUAACUCAAGAACCUCUACCUACCUAGGCUACAGACACCUUACACCUAUUAGCACCUAG